AUGGUCCGCGCCCAGGCUCUGGUCCUGGCGCUCACCUUCCAGCUCUGCGCGCCUGAGACCGAGACUCCGGCAGCCGGCUGCACCUUCGAGGAAGUGAGUGACCCAGCAGUGCCCUGUGAGUACAGCCAGGCCCAGUAUGAUGACUUCCAAUGGGAGCAAGUGCACGUCCACCCUGGCACCCGGUCUCCAGCGGAUCUGCCCCAUGGCUCCUACUUGAUGGUCAAUGCUUCCCAGCAUGCUCCAGGCCAGAGGGCCCAUGUCAUCUUCCAGAGCCUGAGCGAGAAUGACACCCACUGCGUGCAGUUCAGCUACUUCCUGUACAGCCGGGAUGGGCACAGCCCGGGCACCUUGGGCAUCUAUGUGCGUGUCAAUGGGGGUCCACUGGGCAGUGCCGUCUGGAACAUGACAGGAUCACAUGGCCGUCAGUGGCACCAGGCGGAGCUGGCUGUCAGCACCUUCUGGCCCAAUGAGUAUCAGGUGCUGUUUGAGGCCCUCAUCUCCCCAGACCGCAGGGGCUACAUGGGCCUAGAUGACGUCCUGCUUCUCAGCUACCCCUGCGCGAAGGCCCCGCACUUCUCCCGCCUGGGCGAUGUGGAGGUCAACGCUGGCCAGAACGCCUCCUUCCAGUGCAUGGCAGCAGGCCGAGCCGCAGAGGCUGAGCACUUUCUCCUGCAGCGGCAGAGCGGGGUGCUUGUGCCCGCCGCCGGCGUGCGGCACAUCAGCCACCGGCGUUUCCUGGCUACCUUCCUGUUGGCCUCCGUGAGCCGCUCGGAGCAGGACCUGUAUCGUUGCGUGUCCCAGGCCCCGCGAGGUGCGGGCGUCUCCAACUUCGCGGAGCUCAUCGUCAAGGAGCCCCCCACCCCCAUCGCGCCCCCCCAGCUGCUGCGCGCCGGGCCCACCUACCUCAUCAUCCAACUCAACACCAACUCCAUCAUUGGCGACGGGCCGAUUGUGCGCAAGGAGAUUGAGUACCGCAUGUCGCGCGGUCCGUGGGCCGAGGUGCACGCCGUCAGCUUGCAGACCUACAAGCUGUGGCACCUUGACCCGGACACCGAGUAUGAGAUCAGCGUGCUGCUCACGCGCCCGGGUGACGGCGGUACUGGCCGCCCUGGCCCGCCCCUCAUCAGCCGCACCAAGUGUGCAGAACCCAUGAGGGCCCCCAAAGGCCUGGCUUUUGCUGAGAUCCAGGCUCGCCAGCUGACCCUGCAGUGGGAACCUCUGGGCUACAACGUGACACGUUGCCACACGUAUGCGGUGUCCCUGUGCUAUCAUUACACGCUGGGCAGCAGCCACAACCAGACCGUCCGGGAGUGCGUGAAGAUGGAGCGGGGCGCCAGCCGCUACACCAUCAAGAACCUGCUGCCCUACCGGAAUGUUCACGUGCGGCUCAUCCUCGCUAACCCCGAGGGGCGCAAGGAGGGCAAGGAGGUCACUUUCCAGACGGACGAGGAUGUGCCUGGCGGGAUUGCGGCCGAGUCCCUGACCUUCACUCCCCUGGAGGACAUGAUCUUCCUCAAGUGGGAGGAGCCCCAGGAACCCAACGGCCUCAUCACUCAGUAUGAGAUCAGCUACCAGAGCAUUGAGUCAUCAGACCCGGCGGUGAACGUGCCAGGCCCACGACGUACCAUCUCCAAGCUCCGCAACGAGACCUACCACGUCUUCUCCAACCUGCACCCAGGCACCACCUACCUGUUCUCUGUGCGCGCCCGGACGGGCAAAGGCUUUGGCCAGGCGGCACUCACCGAGAUCACCACAAAUAUCUCAGCUCCCAGCUUUGAUUAUGCUGACAUGCCGUCACCCCUGGGCGAGUCUGAGAACACCAUCACCGUUCUGCUGAGGCCAGCACAGGGCCGUGGCGCGCCCAUCAGUGUGUACCAGGUGAUCGUGGAGGAGGAGCGGCAGCGGAGGCUGCGUCGGGAGCCAGGCAGCCAGGACUGCUUCCCAGUGCCCUUGACCUUUGACGCGGCGCUGGCCCGUGGCCUGGUGCACUACUUUGGGGCAGAACUGGCGGCCAGCAGUCUGCCGGAAGCCAUGCCCUUCACCGUGGGUGACAACCAGACCUAUCGCGGCUUCUGGAACCCACCGCUUGAGCCCAGGAAGGCCUACCUCAUCUACUUCCAGGCAACAAGCCACCUGAAGGGGGAGACCCGGCUGAAUUGCAUCCGCAUCGCCAGGAAAGCUGCCUGCAAGGAAAGCAAGCGACCCCUGGAGGUGUCCCAGAGAUCGGAGGAGAUGGGGCUCAUCCUGGGCAUCUGUGCAGGGGGACUUGCUGUCCUCAUCCUCCUCCUGGGGGCCAUCAUUGUCAUCAUCCGUAAGGGGAGGGACCACUAUGCCUACUCCUACUACCCGAAGCCGGUGAACAUGACCAAGGCCACUGUCAACUACCGCCAGGAGAAGACCCACAUGAUGAGUGCGGUGGACCGGAGCUUCACGGACCAGAGCACCCUGCAGGAGGAUGAGCGGCUGGGCCUGUCCUUCAUGGACACCCAUGGCUAUAGCCCCCGAGGAGACCAGCGCAGCAGUGGGGUCACCGAGGCCAGCAGCCUGCUGGGGGGCUCCCCGCGGCGUCCCUGUGGCCGGAAAGGCUCCCCAUACCACACGGGACAGCUGCACCCUGCGGUGCGUGUGGCCGACCUCCUGCAGCACAUCAACCAGAUGAAGACAGCGGAGGGCUAUGGCUUCAAGCAGGAGUACGAGAGCUUCUUUGAAGGCUGGGAUGCCACAAAGAAGAAAGACAAGGUCAAGGGCAGCUGGCAAGAGCCCGUGCCUGCCUAUGAUCGGCACCGAGUGAAACUGCCCCCGAUGAUGGGAGGCCCCGAUGCCGACUCCAUUAACGCCAACUACAUAGACAUUCGGAUAAACCGUGAAGGUUACCACAGGUCAAACCACUUCAUAGCCACUCAAGGGCCGAAGCCUGAGAUGGUCUACGACUUCUGGCGCAUGGUGUGGCAGGAGCACUGUUCCAGCAUUGUCAUGAUCACCAAGCUGGUGGAGGUGGGCAGGGUGAAAUGCUCCCGGUACUGGCCGGAGGACUCAGACAUGUACGGGGACAUCAAGAUCACGCUGGUGAAAACGGAGACACUGGCUGAGUAUGUCGUGCGCACCUUUGCCCUGGAGCGGAGAGGCUACUCUGCCCGGCACGAGGUCCGCCAGUUCCACUUCACCGCGUGGCCGGAGCAUGGCGUCCCCUACCACGCCACGGGGCUGCUGGCCUUCAUCCGGCGCGUGAAGGCCUCUACCCCGCCUGACGCUGGGCCUAUUGUCAUCCAUUGCAGCGCGGGCACUGGCCGCACAGGUUGCUACAUUGUCCUGGAUGUGAUGCUGGACAUGGCGGAGUGUGAGGGCGUCGUGGACAUUUACAACUGCGUGAAGACCCUCUGCUCUCGGCGGGUCAACAUGAUCCAGACAGAGGAGCAGUACAUCUUCAUUCACGAUGCAAUCCUGGAGGCCUGCCUGUGUGGGGAGACCACCAUCCCUGUCAGUGAGUUCAAGGCCACCUACAAGGAGAUGAUCCGCAUUGAUCCUCAGAGUAAUUCCUCCCAGCUGCGGGAAGAGUUCCAGACGCUGAACUCGGUCACACCGCCCCUGGAUGUGGAAGAGUGCAGCAUCGCCCUGCUCCCCCGGAACCGCGACAAGAACCGCAGCAUGGACGUCCUGCCACCCGACCGCUGCUUGCCCUUCCUCAUCUCCACCGAUGGGGACCCUAACAACUACAUCAACGCGGCCCUGACGGACAGCUACACGCGAAGCGCGGCCUUCAUCGUGACCUUGCACCCGCUGCAGAGCACCACGCCUGACUUCUGGCGGCUCGUCUACGACUAUGGGUGCACCUCCAUCGUCAUGCUCAACCAGCUGCACCAGUCCAACACCGCCUGGCCCUGUCUCCAGUACUGGCCAGAGCCGGGCCGCCAGCAGUAUGGCCUCAUGGACGUGGAGUUUGUGUCGGGCUCCGUGGACGAAGACUUGGUGGCCCGUGUCUUCCGGGUGCAGAACAUCUCUCGGCUACAGGAGGGACACCUGCUGGUGAGGCAUUUCCAGUUCCUGCGCUGGUCUGCGUAUCGGGACACACCUGACUCCAAGAAGGCCUUCCUGCACUUGCUGGCUGAGGUGGACAAGUGGCAGGCAGAGAGUGGGGACGGGCGCACUGUCGUGCACUGCCUAAACGGGGGCGGCCGCAGUGGCACUUUCUGCGCCUGUGCCACAGUCCUGGAGAUGAUCCGCUGCCACAACCUGGUGGAUGUUUUCUUUGCUGCCAAAACGCUUAGGAACUACAAGCCCAAUAUGGUGGAAACCCUGGAUCAGUACCACUUUUGCUACGAUGUGGCGCUGGAGUACCUGGAGGGGCUGGAGUCAAGAUAG